UUUUUAUUAAUUUAAACGUACUUGAAUAAUGCUGUACUAUCUAUGUAUGUAACGAUAUAACCUGUGUUUUUCAGGGUACCGGUGGAAGUGCAAAACAGAAUGUGCUUUAAAAACUUGGAAAGGAGUAUGCAGAGGGCGCAUCACUCCGCGAAUCCGGAGACACCCAGGAAUCUGAGCGAAUUUGCUGAACUCAUUGUAAAGUGGAAUGAAAGGUAUGGCCUUGUGAAUGGGGAGAGGUUUUUCAUCGGAAACUUCGAAGAGGGCGCGAAUGAGAUGUUGGUCGCCAUCGUAACGCCCAUAGUAGCUAAGUUGCAACCAGAUUGCAGCCUUCACAUGGACGGAACUUUUAAAUGCCGUCCGAAAGAGCCGAAAUGUAGUCAGCUGUUCGUUGUAAUGGCUUCUCAAUUCGGUCGGGCUUUUCCCAUUUUGUGGGCGUUGAUGAGAAAUAGAAACGCGGCUAGCUACAGAAAGCUGUUUGAUUUACUAAAAGCAGAGAUGCCAGCGUUGAAGCCUACCAUCGUAAUGAGCGACUACGAAGCUGGGUUGAAAGAAGCAGUGAAACUGAGCUUCCCAACAUCAAGACAUGUGGGAUGUUGGUUUCACUAUACUCAGUCGAUACAGAGAAAAGCGAAAAAAAUUGGUAUUCGUCCGGGAGAUAACGACGAAUGGUCAAUGGCAAAGCAAUUGAUGGCAAUUGCCCUCCUGCCACCAAGCAGAGCCCAGGAGGCCACCGAUGUAUUAUCUUUGAUUUAUCACACAGAAAAAUCAAGGGUAUUGAUAGAUUACUUCAGGAAGCAAUGGCUGGGGAAAGUUACUCCUGAGAGUUUCUCUGUUUUCAAGGAGCCAUCGAGGACUAACAACGCACAAGAAUCUCUAAACAGAUGCCUGAACAGACUAAUAAAGGCACAAGGAAAUCCGUGGGAUUUUUGGGCGGGGAUACAAACUAUCUCUAUCAAAGAGAUGAAUUAUUUCAGGAAUAUGUCCGAAGGGAGAGAAGGGACCCGCACCUUGAGAACAAAGUGGCUUCUUCAAGACAAGAACAUAAAAAGUGCUGAGGAGAAAUUGGAGAGAGGCGAGAUGAGCAUCUCCAAUUUCUUAAGCUCCAUGAGCCAUCGUGUGGGAGUGGUUGACAUUGCCAACGAUGAUGCUGAAGAAGAAGAGGCAGCCGUGGAGCAUGACCUAGUGUCUCUUGGAAACUUGGAAGAAGCCCCACAACAAAUGGAGGAAGCUGCUACCGCCGAGGUUGUUGCCCCACAAGAGGAUUAUGCCGCAGACGAGUUUUUCGCUAAAGAGGUGGACGAAUCUUUGAAAGAGUUCAAAACAAAACCAACAAACUUCAACCCUGAGAGUCCCUUCGAAAUGUGCUCUCGAAGAUUUGUUGAGGAGCAGAAAGAUGACUUGAUGAAGGAUUUGGAGAAUGCCGAGGGUACAAGCCCUUCGGUGAAAGUAGUUUGCCGCCUAUGCACAAAUUUCGAGGCAACCAGAGUUUGUUUGCCUUGUGGCCACUCUCUGGGCUGUACAGAGUGCAUAAAAAAACUUCUUAUAUGCGAACAAUACUUGGGUAUGACAAUGGGAGAUGGUAGUAUAGAGGUUUUUGAUCAGUAUCCUCUCCCAGCACGAUGCCCAAUUUGCUUAUGCCUGAUAGGAAAAAUACAAAGGGUAUUCAAUUAGGAAUAGGAAUUUAUAGUACAAAAGACUUUUCUGAUAUACCAUAUAGGCUAUAAUCUAAACAACUUGAAUUAUUAAGACUAAUUAUUUUCUGGUAUUGAAUGAAAAAGACUAAGAAAUUGUCAAAAACCACAGAUUUAUUGAUACUUGGAAAGACCGGUUUCGGUUAUUACACCAUUGUCAAUCUCUGAUAAACUAAGUUUAUCUUGAAUCAAUAAAUCUGUGGUUUUUGACAAUUUCUUAGUCUUUUUCAUUCAAUAUGAAUAAUUACCACAAUAUCAACUUCUCAACUACACAAAAGUAUUUUCUGGUAACUUACAGAUAAUCUGCACUAACAAAAAACAAAACUUUAUAUGAGGUCUAGUGAACUUAUUGAUGUAGUAAGAGCUGAGGUAAUCACUGAUCUUCACAUUUCAUCAAUUUCCUCGACGUUUCCAUAAAGAAGUUAUUAAAUGAAUCAGCAUUGUCAACAUCAUGUGAAUCAACACCUCUAUUGUUAACAUUAGUAAAAAAUUUUAACGACGUUCCAUGCAGCUCAAUUUUUAUUUUAUAAAUGUUCUAUUUUGUUGUUGGAAUAAUUUAUAUUUGCUUUCUUAAUAGCAAUUAUAUACUCUUCCUUACAGCUCAUAAUAUAUUUAUCUUUAAAUUGGAUAGUCUUACUAAAAUUUUUAGUAAGCCAUAAAUUGGUUAGUCUUACUGAAUUUUUUUAGUAAGCCAUAAUAGCUAUUAAAACUAUUUUCGAGUUUUAUUAAAUCAGCAGUAUACCAUCCAUCAUCUAGCUUUGGAUUAAGCUACUAACUGUGAUACGUUUAAGAGGAUAUGCAGCAUCAACAGCCAACAUAUACCAAUCAAAUAACUUCUUAAACUUAUCAUUAGCAUCAUCAAGCAAAUACACUCACUCGAAUUGAUGUUACAAAUUAAGCGAACAAACAAAUAAGUGUUCUGUUCAUUAACUAACAUAACUAGCUUUUUGUUUACAAUAGAGAAACACUUCGAGAGUCCUUUUCCACAUGUAGGCUAUUAAAGAUUUGGCUAAUGACAGAGAAACAAUAGCAUGAGUAGAUAUCCCAUGGUAUAGGUCGUUUAUGUCGCAACUUUUACUGUUAUCUCAAGCCGAUAGUCCACGUAGUUCUUUCCCGUGAAGCUGUGUGACGCUGGUAGUC